UAUUCUGUCAUAGAUAUUUUAUAUUUCUACUUUUGUUUGCACUGUGAGUUGUUACAUUAUCUAAUAAAAAACACAAGACCGUUGAAACUUAAAACCUCUUCUUUCUCAAAAACCUUCACAUCUUCUCUCGUCUAUAAAACCAUCAACUGCUUCCACAUAUCGGAGAACAAGAAAUCAAACAAUAAAACAAAAUCUGUCAAAUAUUCUUUAGAGAAAGAAAGAUGCAUCAGAGCUCAUCAUCUUCAAGCUUAGGCCCAGGAGGCCUAGACUUAACUCAAGCCUUUUUUAAACCCAUCAAAAGCUCUUCUCAACCUUCCCCCACCAAUCGCCCCACCAAAGUCUCCGUUAUCGGUGUUGGCAACGUCGGAAUGGCCAUAGCCCAAACUAUCCUCACUCAAGAUCUUGUCGACGAGCUCGCUCUCGUCGAUGCAAAACCCGAUAAACUCCAAGGUGAAAUGCUUGACCUGCAGCACGCGGCUGCUUUUCUACCCAGGACUAAGAUCCAGGCUUCAGUUGACUAUCAAGUCACUGCCGGGUCGGAUCUUUGCAUUGUGACUGCUGGAGCCCGACAGAAUCCGGGUGAGUCACGGCUUAACUUAUUGCAGAGGAAUCUGGCCAUGUACAAGACGAUUAUACCACCUUUAGCUAAACACUCUCCGGAGGCGAUCCUGCUGAUUGUUUCCAAUCCAGUGGAUGUUUUGACAUAUGUUGCUUGGAAGCUUUCCGGGUUUCCUUCAAAUCGGGUUAUUGGGUCGGGUACCAACUUGGAUUCUUCCAGGUUUCGGUUCCUCAUUGCGGAUCAUCUUGAUGUUAAUGCUCAAGAUGUGCAGGCAUAUAUUGUUGGGGAGCAUGGUGACAGUUCCGUGGCACUGUGGUCGAGCAUAAGUGUUGGAGGAGUACCGGUUCUCAGCUUCUUGGAAAGGCAACAAAUUGUUUACGAGAAGGAAACACUAGAGAAGAUUCACAGAGAAGUUGUUGAAAGUGCAUAUCAAGUCAUCAGUCUCAAAGGUUAUACAUCUUGGGCAAUUGGCUACUCUGUGGCUAGCUUGGCUCGAGACAUUCUUAGGAACCAGAGGAGGAUCCACCCUGUCUCAGUUCUCGCAAAGGGCUUCUACGGCAUCGACUUUGGAGAAGUUUUCUUGAGCUUGCCUGCGCAGCUUGGCCGAAGCGGAGUAUUAGGUGUGACCAAUGUGCAUCUCACUGAUGAAGAGGCACAACAGCUCAGGGACUCGGCCAAGACUAUACUGGAGGUGCAAAGCCAGUUGGGUGUUUGAUUGAGUAACAAAGAACUCAAUGUCUUUCUGUUGUGCAAUUUAGGGAUUGAACUGUGGCUGGUUGGUUGGUAAAUAAAUGGGGAAUCCUUAAAAAUAAACUGAGUAUAUGAAUUGCACUAAAAUUUCCAGCUUGUCAAAUUUUCUUAUUUAGAUGUACAGUAUAUCUUUACUCUU